AUGGGUUUGUUGUUCGGGACCCUAUGGGGGCUUCAGGAGCUCCGAUUCGCUGCAAUUUUUGAAGCAGUGCGCUCUGCCCUCUCCUGCUUCACCAUGGCUGUAGUCUGCUGUGUCUUGUCCUUUCGCAGAAACCGGCGGUCCCGAGAUUCUACCGUCGUCCCUUUCAUUUGA